AUGGGGACUCUGAGGGACUUACAGUACGCGCUGCAAGAGAAGAUCGAGGAGUUGAGGCAGAGGGACGCGCUGAUCGACGAACUUGAAUUGGAACUUGAUCAGAAGGAUGAGCUGAUCCAGACGCUGCAGACGGAGCUGGACAAAUACCGGUCGGUGCUGCGGCCGGCGCCGGGCAGCGAGUCUAGCGGGCGGCAACAGGAGCAGCAGCGGACCAAGAGGCAGGCGAUCUCGGCCGAGCCCACCGCGAUCGACAUCCGUGACAUCAGCCACGUCUCGCUGUCCUGCUACUCUAAGAGUUCGCAGUCGAAGGAUCUGAUCAAGGAUGCCUUUCUGGACAACGACUUCAUGAAGAACUUGGAGAUGUCGCAGAUCAUGGAGAUAGUGGACUGCAUGCACCCGGUGGAAUACAGUAAGGACAGCUGCGUCAUCAAGGAGGGAGACGUGGGCUCCAUGGUGUAUGUGAUGGAAGAGGGGAAGGUGGAUGUGACCAAAGAUGAGGUGAAACUCUGCACCAUCGCCCCGGGGAAGGUGUUCGGAGAGUUGGCCAUCCUCUACAACUGCACCAGAACUGCCACGGUGAAAGCGCUCACCAACAUCAAGCUGUGGGCCAUCGACCGACCCUGCUUCCAGACCAUCAUGAUGCGGACAGGAGUGAUCAAACACAUCGAACACAUGGAGCUACUCAGGAGUGUCCCAUCGUUCCAGGAACUCCAGGAAGAAGUACUCAGCAAGCUGGCCGAUGUGCUGGAGGAGACUCAUUAUAAAGAAGGUGACUACAUUGUGAGGCAGGGAGCCAGUGGAGAUACGUUCUUCAUCGUCAGCAAGGGGAAGGUGCGGGUAACACGAGAGCAAACAGCGCUAGGUGAGGCACCAGCUGCCAGUACCUUGUCGAGGGGUGACUGGUUUGGCGAGAAGGCUCUCCUUGGAGAAGAUGUGAGGUCAGACAACAUGAUAGCAGCGGAGGAGGUGACCUGCCUAGUGAUUGACAGAGAUUCCUUCCGCCAGUCAAUCGGAGGUUUGCAGGAUGCGAUCUGUGAGGAGUACGAGACUGCGGAGAUGCGGGCAAGCUUUGAGGUUGAAGCAGCUUACUUUGCGGACUUGGAUCGAACAGACAUCAUCAUCUGCGGGACCCUUGGCGUUGGAGGGUUUGGCCGUGUCGAGUUGGUGCAGUUGAAGAGCGAGGAGUCACGAAGCUUUGCCAUGAAGGUCCUGAAGAAGCAACACAUCGUGGACACGAGACAACAGGAGCACAUCCGCUCGGAGAGGCAGAUCAUGCACGAAGCGCACUGCAACUUCAUCGUCAGGUUGUACAGGACCUUCCGUGACACCAAGUACCUCUACAUGCUGAUGGAGGCCUGCCUCGGAGGGGAGCUCUGGACCAUCCUCAGGGACAGGGAGUCAUUCGAUGAUGCUGCCACUCGGUUCUACACGGCCUGCGUGCUGGAGGCUCUAGCAUACCUGCACUGGAAGGGGGUCAUCUACAGGGACCUCAAGCCCGAGAACAUCAUCCUCAACCAUCGGGGCUACGCCAAGCUGGUGGAUUUUGGUUUCGCUAAAAAGAUUGGUUUUGGGAAGAAGACGUGGACGUUCUGUGGGACCCCCGAAUACGUGGCCCCAGAGAUCAUCCUGAACAAGGGCCACGACAGCUCGGCUGACUACUGGUCGCUGGGCAUCCUGGUGUACGAGCUGCUGACUGGCAGCCCCCCAUUCUCAGGGUCUGACCCAAUGCAGACCUACAAUAUCAUCCUCAGGGGGAUCGACAUGAUCGAGUUCCCAAAGAAAAUCACCAAGAACGCAGGCACCCUGAUCAAGAAACUGUGCAGGGACAAUCCUUCCGAGAGGCUCGGCAACCAAAAGAACGGAGUUAAAGACAUCCAGAAGCACAAGUGGUUUGAAGGCUUCAACUUUGACGGUCUCAGGAAAGGAACACUCACUCCACCUAUUCUUCAAAGUGUGAACGGGCCCCUGGACUCCAGCAACUUCGAUACCUUCCCCCAGGACACAGAGGAGGAACCUCCGGACGAGAACUCGGGCUGGGAUGUCGACUUUUAAUUCCGUCCCCUGCUCUCUGAACCCGGUGUACCGUGGAUACAGGGAGCGAAAGAUGGGAACAAUUCAGAGGAGCAGACACAAGACUCAAAGUCUGUAAUGCAGAGUCAACUUGGACAACACGAUGUCUGUAAAGAGAAAGAAUAUAAUCUGCAGCUAGGAUAGGUGCAAGUUAAAACUGUAUGGCUGCAUGUAAAUAAAGGGAAAGACCACAGGUAGGCCGAGUGCUAGAUAUUUAAAGGUGCUCCUAUUUAUUUCAUUGGGAAAACUCUCUUAUUAGCAUUGAAUCUGAAUCAGUAAGGCCUGUUUUGGGGUGUUAUUAGUGUUCUUGAGACUUCAACAAGGCAGAUACGAAUUACAGAAACGUAGAACUGUACAGUACAAGAACAGGCCCUACAGCAGGCAAUGUCUGGGAUGAACAUGAUGCCAAGUUACACUAGUCUCCCCUGCCUGAACAUGGCCCCUAUCCCUCCUUUCUUGGCAAUCCACCUACCUGUCUAAAAGUCUCUUAAAUCUAAAGGGCCUGUCCCACUUGCCGAUUUUUUAGGCGACUGUCGGCAUCAUUGACUGACGCAUCAGGUCACCGAAAAAGUCGCGGCGUGAUGCACUGUGACAACGUAUUGACGAGCGGCCUCUCCUCAAGUGUCGCAACUGUUUUUUUUGUCGCUGCUGGAUUUUGAAAUGUUCAAAAUCUUUUGGCAACCCAGAUCCGGCAGUUGCCGAAAAAAGAUCGGCAAGUGGGACAGGCCCUUGAGUGACCUCAGUGAGGGCAACUGCAGACUCGGUGAACCUGCAAAUCGGGAUGUUCAUAAGUCAUAGGAGCAAAAUUAGGCCAUUUGGCCCAUCGAGUCUACUCCAACAUUUAAUCAUGGCUGAUCUACCUUUCCCUCUCAACAUUCUCCUGCCUUCUCCCCCGUAACCUUUGCAUUUUGUUAUUUUAUUGCAGAUUUCGGACCUCUGCAGUUUUUUGGCUUUUAAAAUCAAAACCAAGCUGGAGUGUGUUGGGUGCAAGGUCACAAGUCAGCAGGGUGUAGCCAGUGGGGGUAGGGUUGCUGCCUCACAGCGCCCGGGACCCUGGUUCAAUCCUCA